AUGCCCCUCAGAUGGCAGGACUGCGAACAACGCUUUGCUGACCUCUUCGGGGAUGGCUGCGUGGUGAAGGUCGAGCCACACGUUCAGGUCGCUGGCAUCCUCGCGCCCCCCGCACCCGUCGAUAAGACCUCGCUCCAGGCGGACUUGGAGCGAUUCUCUGGAGAUUGGGGGAUAGAGCUGCGUAUGGAGGAGUCUGGUGGCAACAACAUUCGGAUCAUCCUCGAAGGUGCACAGUCAGCCGUGAGGCAGAGUAAGCCAGAGUUGCAAAACUUGAUGGGCUUCUACGCCCAGGUCUUCAGGAUGAAGGCCCCAUACGAUGCGCCAUUGCAAAACAGCCUUGAGGGAGGAUCACAGGUCGCGCGGCAGCAAGUCUAUGGUUUGUGGUAUGUUCCCAGGAUGCAGCGAGACCAGGCUGAGGACUUGGUCUGCUGCCGGCGGGCCGACGGGCCCAAGGUUGCACCCGCUUUGGGUUCCACGGACAUCCUCCUCCCCGCGGAGGAGAGCUGUGCCGCAGCCUCCGUGGCUUCCACCGAGGCCUCGCCCAGCGACUUGAGACCCGUCCUCCGUUUCCAGAAAUGUGUGCGGAAGCUAAAGUUCAUCCGCUUGGCCGCGCUGAUGUCCAACUGCAGGUCCCAAUCGGGGUCCUUUACCUCCGCCAGCGCGGUGGGCGCUCUGGAAACCAACCUCGCCAUCGACGACGAGUUCGAGGAGGUGAUGAAGCGCCUGGGCAAUAAGAAGCGCGGCUCCGUUGUCCGGCCCGAGUAG